AUGUUCAGGUGGGCGCAGCAAGCGCUGGCCAACGUCGCCGGCACUCAGGAGCCAAUCUAUGGCCCCUCUGCCAUCAAGUCCGUCGCGGAGGAAACCGUGACGACCCCGUACACUGAGCUCACCCGGGACGAUCUCCGGUGGGAAGCGUUGGAGUCAACCUGUGUCGAAACGCAGACCUUCUACUUCAUGUCGGAGGGUGGCCAGCUCGCGUUUUGCCAGGUCAUUUACAGCAGCCUGGCCGGCAUCCGAACAACCUGCCAGUUCAACUGCAAGAUCUUCAGCCUCGACGGCUCCAAGCCCCACCUCUGGUGCUCGACUCCCUUGAUAAACCACGAGUUCAGCGAGGAUAAGACUGCGUUUUAUGCCAACGACCUGGCGGUUGAGCUUUCCGAGGACGGCACUACCUUCACGAUCAAGUCGAUGAAUGACCCGAAUGCCAUCGUCAACUUGGUAGUCAGGAGGACGGCACCGGGUUUCAAGGCCGGCAAGACAGGCAAGACCCUAUUCGGUACCGAUCUUUCUAACCCCUGGGGCUCUAUGCGUCAUCUCUUUUGGCCCAGAUGCGAGUCUGAGGGCACCAUCACCACCAAGGACGGGCCCAUUGAUUUCAAGGGAAGGGCAUUCUUUGCCCAUGCUCUCCAGGGGAUGAAGCCUCAUCAUGCCGCCGCCAAGUGGAAUUUCUGCAAUUUCCAGGGGCCUACUUACUCAGCCAUUCUGAUGCAAUUCACCACCCCACCUUCAUAUGGCUCGACAGUUGUGGCUGUUGGUGGUAUUGCUAAAGAUGGUGAAAUCAUUGUGGCUGGUUGUGAGAGCGAUGUCGCCCAUCUUGAGACCAAGAGCGACAGUCAAAAUGACUGGCCAGAGCCCACCAUCAUCAAAUACACUUGGGCUGGCAAGACCAAGGACAACAAGCCCGUCACUGCUGUGAUUGAGGGUGCCUUGGAGGAAAGGCUCGACAGGAUAGAUGUCAUGGCUGAGGUUCCGGGUUUUGUCAAGAGCAUUGUGGCUGCAGCUGCUGGUACAAAGCCAUAUAUCUACCAGUACUCCCCUCAAAAGCAAAAGCUCUCUCUCAAGCUCAAGAUUGGCGACCAAGAAGUUACUGAGGAGGGAGUCAUCUUCACCGAGGCUACUUUUAUCUCUGCUUGA